AUGGCGCAGCUCUUCCAAAAGGACCCGCGCAAUGCCGGUCUCUUCAUCGGCGGCGACCGCCUCACGGGCGCAGAGAUCCGCAACCAGAAUGUCCUCGCCGCCCAGUCGAUAGCCAACAUUGUCAAGUCGUCGCUGGGCCCCGUCGGCCUCGACAAGAUGCUCGUCGACGACAUCGGCGACGUCACCAUCACAAACGACGGCGCAACCAUCCUCAAGCUCCUCGAGGUCGACCAGCCCGCCGGCCGCAUCCUCGUCGAGCUCGCCCAGCAGCAGGACAAGGAGGUCGGCGACGGCACCACAUCGGUCGUCAUCAUCGCCGCAGAGCUCCUCCGCAGGGCAAACGAGCUCGUCCGCAACAAGAUCCACCCCACCACCAUCAUCACCGGCUACCGCCUCGCCUGCAGGGAGGCGUGCAAGUACAUGCAGGACCAGCUCUCGGCCAAGGUCGACGCCCUCGGCAAGGAGAGCCUGAUCAACGUCGCAAAGACGAGCAUGUCGAGCAAGGUCCUCGGCAGCGACGACGACUUCUUUGCCCAGCUCGCCGUCGACGCCAUGCUCGCUGUCAAGACCAUCAACGCCCGCGGAGAGACAAAGUACCCGGUCAAGGCCGUCAACAUCCUAAAGGCCCACGGCAAGUCGGCCACCGAGUCUAUGUUUGUCAACGGAUACGCCCUCAACUGCACCGUCGCGUCCCAGGCCAUGAAGACGCGCAUCCGCAACGCCAAGAUCGCCCUGCUCGACAUCAAUCUGGUCAAGCAGCGCAUGCACAUGGGCGUCCACAUCACCAUCGACGACCCGGAGCAGCUGGAAAAGAUCCGGGCGCGCGAGAGCGAGAUUGUGCUGGAGCGGGUGCGCAAGAUUCUGGCGACGGGCGCCAACGUCGUCCUGACGACCAAGGGCAUCGACGACCUCUGCCUCAAGGAGUUUGUCGAGGCGGGCGCCAUAGCGGUGCGGAGGUGCCGGAAGGAGGACCUGCUGCGGAUCGCCAAGGCGACGGGCGGGCAGCUGGUCAGCAGCCUCAGCAACCUCGAGGGCGAGGAGACGUACGAGGCCAGCAGCCUCGGCUCGGCCGACGAGGUGGCCCAGGAGCGCAUCUCGGACGACGAGCUGAUCCUCGUCCGCGGCACCAAGACGGUCAGCUCGAGCUCCGUCAUCCUGCGCGGCGCCAACGACUACCUGCUCGACGAGAUGCACCGCGCGCUCCACGACAGCCUCUGCGCCAUCAAGCGCACGCUCGAGAGCGGGUCGGUGGUGCCCGGCGGCGGCGCCGUCGAGUCGGCGCUGAGCAUCUACCUGGAAAACUUUGCCACGACGCUGGGCAGCCGCGAGCAGCUGGCCAUUGCCGAGUUUGCCCAGGCGCUCCUUGUCAUCCCCAAGACGCUCGCCGUCAACGCGGCCAAGGACAGCACCGACCUGGUGGCCAAGCUGCGCGCCUACCACAACGCGGCGCAGAACGCCAGCGCCGGGGACCCCAAAAAGGCGUUGCGCUUCUACGGCCUCGACCUGCUCAACGGGCAGGUGCGCGACAACCUCAAGGCCGGCGUGCUGGAGCCCACCAUGAGCAAGGUCAAGAGCUUCAAGAGCGCCCUCGAGGCCGCCACCAGCCUGCUCCGCAUCGACGACGCCAUCACGAUCGCACCCGAGCAGCCGGCAGAGGACCCGCACGCGCACAUGUGA